AAGUGGGCGAAGGUGGGGGUGGAAACGCAGCCUUCCGCUCACACUCUGCACCCUCGUAUUACACCAGUGAGGGUGGAAUAUUAAGACUCUCAUGGUAUGAAGGAUUGAAGUAAUGGGGUAAUGGAGAUCCUAGACAACUAUUUCUCACCAGUGAAAACUAAAUGAAGAUCCAGGAGUCACUGCAGCCCCCGUAGGGAUGAGAAGGAAGUUUCAGCAGUUAGAGUGUGGUGUCUCUUGAAAGGAAAAAAAUAUCUGAUAUUCAAUACUAAGUUCCACAUUUGAGGCAGACCCAUGCCACCAUACGAUUGGCCACAGAAUUCAGCUUCUGUCACGGAAUUUACUCUCUGGAGACACCGUGUAGCAGCACUCUCAUGCUGCUGACCGAGAGGGAACCAUGGGGCCAAUAAACUCAAGAAGAAGGCUCUCUGUGAGGAUCACUCUAACUGCACAGGGGCAUGAGUUUGUGAUUAUAAAGUAAAUUGAAAGUAUGUCACUGUACAAAUUAAAAGAAAUAUAAGAAAAGGGCGAGUAGGGAGGCUGACAGUGAGGAAGGCAAGAAGGAUAAGAAAGACAGCAUCUCCCUCCUUCAAUCAAGAAAUUGUACUCCACCAACAUAGCAGCACUCCCAAAAGCCACUGGACUUGCAUUUAGCAGUGUUGUAGGCUUAUUCAUAAGGACAACUUUUAGCUGAAAGUAUUCUAGAAAUAAUAUUCUUCAAAGGGCAUUAUUUACUCAAGAGGAAACAACUCUUGGAAACUAAAGAGAAGAAAGGUGACUCAAAUGGUGACUUUUUUUCUAAUGUCAUCUAUACCUUAAUUUCGAGAUACAGUAUUUGGGAACUAACAGAAAAGUUACAAGAUAGAAAUGAGAAACUACCAAGUGAUAUUUAUUUGAAAGUAUCCAUUGUCCAUGGAAUUCAGCUAAAAGAAUAACAGUUACUAAAACAUCAGAAUCAGUCAACUGCUUUUUAAAAACCCUACUACCUCACAAGAUGGUGCCAUUAGCAUAUUAUGAUCAACAGUCUGUGCCUUUAGACCAUUCUUGCCAGCUGACCACAGACAAUUCAUUAACAUAUGAAUACACAGGUGAAAAACUAAAUCAAAUCAAUAACCAACCUGUAGCCAAAACGCAAUCUCUUAGCAGUCACCUUUCAGUACCUUCAUUAAACUCUAGCAAGAAAGUUCAUGAGUGUUCAAUAUUGCCUUCUUCCAAGUCUCAGGUCACGAUUUCACAAGGCUUCUAUAACAGGGCCAUGAAAUCACCAUUACCUCACCCCAAAUAUCAGCCCACACCUGCACUAGACUUUCACUGGAGAAGUCCCCUGCGGCCAACUUCUAGAGCCCUCAACUCACAUUUAUCCCACCCUAAACCUCAGACAACACCUUCAUCAGACUUCAACAAGACACCACCAUCCCAGGAGCUCAGUCAAACAGCCCUGAGGUCACAAUUACCUUUUCCCAGGUUUCAGAGUGCAUCUUCAAAUCUAGAUCUUUGUUGGACAUCACCUUUAUUGAAGUCUAAUCAAAGAGUUUCCAGUUCAUCAUUAUCUCACCUCCAAAAUCAAGAAUCACCUUCAUUCAACAAUGUCUGGACACCGUCUACUUUGGGACCCAAUCAAAGAGCCUUCAGCUCAACAUUGCUUCAAUCUAAAUCUCAGAAAACUUCUUCAUUAGAUGGCCUUUGGGCAUCUUUAUUGGAACACAACCAAAGAUCUUUGAGUUCACCAGCACUGAGCAUCAAAUCCCAAACAAAUGAGUACCUUCGAACAUCACCUUCUUUGGAGAUCAAUCAAAGAACUAUGAGUUCACUGUUACCUGAUUCCAGACUUUCAAAAAAACCUUUAGUGAUCUCUGAUCCCAAUGUUCUGAGUUUACCAUUGUCCCAUUCCAAAUUAAGAAAACCAUUAUCACAUUCCAUCCACCAGUCUCAGAGUUUACCAUUGUUCCAGUCAAAAUCUCAGAAAACAGUUGCCCUUGAUCGUAACUUUCGGACUUUCAGCUCACCAUUUUUUCACUCCAAAUUUCAGGACACCACUUUACCAAAUGACAAACAUGGAGCCACAGAUCUGCCAUCACCUCCGCUCAAGCCAAAUGUCUCAGGUCAAUUAUUACCAAACUCCAAAUAUUGCAUCAGGAACAUAUCUUCUUCAACACUGAGUCGCAGACUCCAGAAUAAAAGCAGUUUUGAUUUUUGUGCAAAUACAGAAUCAAAUAAAGAAAUUCUGUGGACCUUAGACUGCAGCCAGCCCUGCAUUGUUAAAGGUGGAACAGUCCCUGAUGAUGUUGUAAAUAAAAUUGUCAAUUCUAUCUCCAAGUCCAAAAUCCAGAGGGAUCUCUGUAGGCAGAUACUGUUUCGAAGGAUGAGGGGAAGGCCAAAUCCUCGUCCUGGCCCCCGCCUUUCAACAACUUACAUGGUUUGUUUAUCUUGUGCUUCCUGCAUAAAAUCUCAGUGUGAACAUCUUACAGGAAAAAAAGACCCUCGUUGUGCAACACUCUUUGUCAUUCCAACACCUGAGACUAAUACUGAGGGAACAAUAGAGGUGAAAUUGGUUCUUAUUCUUUCUAUACCCGAGGCUCCCUUCUCUUCUGGUCUCUCAUCCUCUAUGAAAGAAAAUCAGUCUGAUGAAGCACCUGAUGACAACCUUGAAGGAAUGGAGAAAAUACCAGAGAUUUUCCCCACAUCUGAAUCUGAUAUCCUCCAGGGCCUUAAUAUGAAGAAAAAAUGGUUGACAUUAGCCCUUGAAAACAAAACUAUAAACCAACAGCCACAGGCUGUGGACUGGCUCUUUUAUGUUAAAAAAAGUAAUUCUCAGCCACAAUCCCAGCUCCCAAGGCCUUCUUCUUCUUCCUCCUCCUCUUCUUCCUCCUCAGGCUCUUCCCCCUCCUCUUCUGCCUCUUCCUCUUCCUCCUCUUCCUCUUCUUCCUCUUCUGCCUUGCCCUUCUCACCUUCUCCUUCCAAACAUUCUAGCAAACCUACCCACUCACGUUAUGGACUCACUAAGGUACUUAGCUACCACAGGUUGCCUCCAGGGGUCUCUUGGCUUGAGUUUAUACGUAGUAAAGAUCACCAACCACAUCCUGGAAAACGAAAUCAAAAUCAACCACCACCUCCCAAAAAGAAACCUGUGAGGCAUAGCAACAAAGGAAAAAGAAAAAAGGGGUCAAACAUACUACUCAAAUUUUUCCAUACAAAGCUCCAAAAUGAGAAAUCCUGAUUAAAUUAACAUUUUGUCUCUCUGAAAGCAAUACCUCUUAGUUCUUUGAAACUAGCGUUUGAUUUUCUAUCAUGUUUACUAAUAUACUUAGUUAGAACUAAAUGUGACUCUGCAUUUUAGUUGAUGAAACACCCAUUAAUGAGGAACUAUUACCUUCAAGUGUGUUUUCUGGUUAAAUAGGUUAUGCUCUCCCUGAAGUCAAAAGCUGAAUUUAACUUUAUGAUUGAAUGCCUUGUUUAUGGUACCCACUACAUAAUUAUUAUUGAAUGAAUAUAUAGUUGGCCACAGACCAGAAAUGCCCACUUGUCUUGCUAUGAACAGUAUUUAGCUCAUUGUUCUUCUCCUUCCUCAUUAGACAUGAUGACGAAAGUAUCCUUAAGCUAACUGUUGCUAAUAUGCUUCCCUAUCUCUAAAGAAAAUUCAGAUCAUGUUCAACAUUCAGAUAAUCUUUUCAGUUAUGUUCUCCAAGGGAAAAUCUUCUAUCCAAUGAUUUAUUCAACCUUAGUUGACAAAUCUGAGAAGGGAACAACCAACUGAAACAAAUAAUCCAAUUUCGUGUUGAUUAUGCCUAUAUGUCAGUCAUGGACUCUGAAGUCACCUGUUCAUUACUUCUACCUACACAACCAAAUGGUAUAAUAAAAGAAUGUUCGAAAAUCUGUUUUUGUUCCACUGGGUCCAGUGGUAGUGGGAAGAGAAGGGAGUUAUCUUAUUUACUCACUUGAAGGGAUCAUUUCUAUUCCUGAGGAUAUAACUAGCAUCUCUUACACUAAUGAUUCACACACAGUCCUGCUUCUCCAUCACACCUCUUUCUGGUCACUAGUGUACAUUCUGGAAAAUUUGAUUGGAACAUGGUAAAGGUAUCUCAAGCUCAAUAUAGCCAAGGAAGAUUUAAUCAUUUUUACAUUUACAACUUACAUCUUCACCUCAUUGUACUUUCGCCACUGUACUGCCUGUAACAGUUUAUGAUCACCAUUCAUCAAGGGGUCAUGUCUGGUUGCUUUUCUCAUUGUUUGCUUAUCUCUAAGCCAACUAUUUUUGAUAGCUCUUUUAUCAUGAGAAUUCAUUGCUUAUAGUCAUUUAUUCACUGCCCAUUGUCUUGUGGGUAAAAACUGAAUUCCAUUUAUGAUUGAAUUAUAACAUCUCAAAACAUUUCUCUUAUCCUCUUGUAGUCUCCUACUCAAUGUUUUUGCCACACUAAUUUCUUUACAAUGCAUAAAAUGUGCCAAGGUCUCUCUUACAUUCUGUAUUUUAAAUCAUCAAUUCUUCUGUCUACAAAGAUCUUCCGGUCUACCUAUUAGAGGCCUUUAUUUUGUCUUAAUUUCUGGGAAGCCUUUUCUUGAACCACUUAGAAAGGAGUUAGUUGGCUCUGCUAUUACAAUAAAACUGUGCUCACUCAUUGUAUUGCUCUUAACCAUGGUAUACUGCAACCAUUUCUUUUCUGUUGUCACUCACUAGAUUGAAAGCUCUUUGUUCAGCAUUUCACCCAUAUUUUUUCACCUAGCUGGAAUAAGGCAAAAGCCUUAAAAUAUGCUUUGAUAUUGAGUUAAUGCUAAUAAAGCUCUUCAUUUUUCCUAAUUCUCUGAAAUAAGUGAUGUUUUAUUGCACUGUUUUCCCCCCUAAGAUAGUAUACGGAAUUGUUCUUUUGUCUUGAUGAAAACUUGUAUAAAAUUUUUACUGGUGACAGCAAUCAUAAUUGUCUUAUUUCUUAUGUUAAAAGUGUUCCUUUUGGUAUUUAAGAAUUAAAUAUGGCAUUGGCUGCUGUGCGGCUGAUAGUGCUGAUGAGGAACAAAUGACAUACAUGCUAAUGCGUUCAAGAGCUUCUGCAUCUGCUUUAGAAAACUCUUUGCAAGUGUGGUAUUCAUCUUCUCCUGUGGUAAUGCACAUUACUUUUAUUAUGGUUUAAUAUCCUCUCUAUUAGACUAAAUGUAAUGAGCAAUGGUCUUAUGUUUGUCUUGUUCACUACUAACUACUCUGAAACUGGUGAUGGUGGUACUUGGAGCAACACAUUUGUUGAGUUACUUUAAACAAAUAUUUAACCGAUUUUUAUUUUUUGAUACAACUUA